AAAACGAACUCAGCAAUAGUAUCCACUAAUCACUACGCCGAUCAAGCAGUGCUAAAUCGCAAGAUUGGUUUUUUUCGGCAACAGCGGCAAAUUUAUGAUGAUUUUAGUGGAAAUCUAGAAGACCCAAAAUCAUGAGGAACAACAGCAGCAACAGUAGAGAUGAGAACAGAAGCAAACAAACUUCUUCUUCACCUCCAGCUACCGAUUCCAGAUUCAAUCAAACUCUUAGAAAUGUUCAAGGUUUGCUCAAGGGCCGCAGCUUCCCGGGAAAGAUAUUGAUAACUCAGAGAUCAGACCCAUUGGAUCCAUCAACUCUGCAUUCGCCAAACAUUGACCAGAGGUCUCCAGAGAGUGAUAGAAAUCAUAGUGAGCACCUGGACAGAUGGACUGAGGAUGAACUUCAAAACAGAAGUAGCGGAAAUGCUAGUUCCUCAGUUAACAUUACAAAAUCUUCAAGCACGAGUAGUCUAAGCACAUCAACAGAGAUUCCUAAGUCCAGUGUGGGAGCUAGAGCUACGGAUUCUGCUAGGCUAAUGAAGUUCACAAAACUAUUAUCUGGGUCCUCUGUCAUCUUAGAAAAACUACGUGAAUUAGCAUGGAGCGGUGUGCCUCCCCAUUUGCGUCCAACUGUGUGGAGACUUCUCUUGGGAUAUGCACCCUCUAAUUCAGAUAGAAGGGAGGGAGUUCUGAGAAGAAAGCGCACGGAGUAUCUCGAUCACGUUGCACAAUAUUAUGAGAUUCCUGAUACGCAGCGCACGGAUGAAGAGAUUAGCAUGCUUCGUCAGAUCGGUGUUGAUUGUCCCAGAACUGUACCCGAUCUAUCUUUCUUUCAACAAGCUGAAGUUCAGAAGUCAUUGGAGCGAAUACUUUAUACAUGGGCUAUACGUCAUCCUGCAAGUGGUUACGUGCAAGGAAUAAACGAUCUCGCAACACCUUUCAUGGUUGUUUUCUUAUCAGAAUACCUGGAGGGUAGUAUUGAAACUUGGUCAAUGGCUGAUCUGUCUCGUGAGAAAAUAUUAAACGUUGAAGCCGAUAGUUAUUGGUGUCUAUCGAAGCUGCUUGACGGUAUGCAAGACCAUUACACAUUUGCCCAGCCAGGAAUUCAACGUCUUGUUUUUAAGCUGAAGGAAUUGGUUAGAAGAAUUGAUGAACCUGUAUCAAAGCACAUAGAGGAGCAGGGGCUCGAGUUUCUUCAAUUUGCUUUCCGCUGGUUCAAUUGCCUUCUUAUACGAGAGAUUCCAUUUGGUCUCGUUAGUCGCUUGUGGGACACAUAUCUUGCUGAAGGGGACGCACUACCUGAGUUUCUUGUCUACAUAUCCGCCAGUUUCCUUUUGACGUGGUCGGACAAGCUACGGAAGCUGGAUUUUCAGGAGAUGGUGAUGUUUCUUCAGCACGUUCCUACGCACAACUGGACCGAUGUCGAGCUAGAGAUGGUGCUCUCUCAAGCGUAUAUGUGGCACACCAUGUUCAACAACUCACCUAGUCAUUUAGCUGGCUGAAUCAUCAUCUGUUAUACUUUUUGUGAUUUUUUAACUGAUUUUUACUUUACCAUGAUUGUUGCUGGUUGCUGUAUUAUCUUGUAAUUUGGCUCUAAUUUCGCUUUUUAAUACAGUUGUUAAAAACAUUUGCAAAAAUGUCAACUUUUGAAUCCAUUAAUGAUGAUUGUGUAGUUUUUAGUUGCA